UUUCGUCGCACCAAUACCCAUCGAUGACCGCGACAUACGGCAGACAAGCUGCUGGAUGAAUAAUACGGAUCGCUUCACGUUUGUGGGUCUUGUUGCAAUUCGAGGUCCAGCCAUACGCGUAGGUCGGUCGAAAACAAUCAGCAUAAGUAGACCCGCCAAGUCCUCCAAGCAAACCAAGCGAGCCUGACCAGCUCGACGUCGAGAAAACAGUGUCGGUGCCAAACUCAACAGCUGCUUUCGAUAAACAUGAUCCCGCCCAUGAUACGUUUGAGGUCUCCUUGGAUGCGGAGAUUGACCCCAAGAAUAUCCCUCUCUGGAGAAAAUGGCUCGCCGUCCUUGUAAUCAAUGCUGGUGCCAUUUGCGUAUCUAGCUCUUCUUCAAUGGCGGCUUUCGCCCAACCAGCAAUUGCUCAAGAAUUUCGUAUAUCCGAGGAAGUGACAGUGCUCGGUGUCAGCUUGUUCACCAUAGGCCUCGGUAUGGGACCUUUCCUAGUGGGUGCAAUAGCGGAACUUGUAGGCCAGAGACCUAUAUACCUUGGAUCGUACUUUCUCCUCUGGGUCUUCACGUGGCCUGUUGCCUUUGCUCAUAACGCUGCUGUCUACAUGAUUUUUCGGUUUUUGGGAGGCGUAGCGGGUUCUGCAUUCUUGAGUAUUGGAGGUGGAACGAUCAGUGAUCUGUUCGAUGAUGCCACGGUUGCGACCCCGAUGGCAUCAUACGUCGUCUCUACCUUCAUUGCGCCCAACUUCGGACCGAUAUUCACGGGUUAUGUUGUCCAGUAUGCAGGGUGGCGAUGGAUAUACCACGUCCUAAUUAUCUGGGAAUUCAUACAAGGCAUAGCCUUGCUCGUUAUACCGGAAACGUAUACACCAGUGCUCCUAAAGAGAAAGGCGAAACGGCUGAGGGCAUCUACCGGCGACAAUCGAUACCACGCUCCCGGUGAAAGUGAAACUUCAAGAUCUAAUAUCCUCCACGAGACCGGGGUUGGAUUGUGGAAUAUUAUUAAAGUACUCUUAUAUGACCGAAUGGCGCUCUUGCUGGACAUUUGGCUUUCAUUACUCCUAGCUAUAGUCUACCUUGCAUCUCAAGCCUUCCCGAUCAUAUUCACAGAGAAUCGUGGCUUUACUCCCGGACAGCUCGGUCUUACAUUCAUCGGAUUCGAUGUGGGAUUCCUCAUUGCUCUUGCCACCCAACCCCUUUGGAACCGCUAUCAAGCAAAACUUGCAGCCCAGUAUAAUUUCAAUCCACCCCCCGAGAUGUGGUUAAAAAUGGGACAAGUCGGCGGAAUAUUGACACCCCUCGGACUGUACAUAAUGGCCUUCACAACUUUUAGGCAUGUCCACUGGAUUGCUCCGAUUAUUGGCUCCAUACCUUUCGGUAUCGGCAUAUGCUACGUCUACACUUCCACUUUAACCUACUUUGCCACUGCCUAUCGACCUAUGGCUUCUGCGGUUAUGUCAGGCAGUGCCAUUAUGCGUGCGGUCUUGGCAGGUUGUUUCCCAUUGUUUGCCGGUGCCAUGUACCAUAGACUCGGUACAGUGGGUGCGACUGCACUUUUAGCCGGUUUGACCACUGUGAUGGCUCCACUGCCAUUUGUCUUCGAGAAGUUUGGGGCCCAGAUACGGGCCAAGUCUCGCUUUGCGUUCCACUGAUGAAAGACAUUUCAUAGAAUUGUUGCAAAGGUAUCUUAGUAUCCAUUAUAUAAUUCCUCCUAAUCUUGUCAUGAAUAUAACGUCAUGGAACACCCGUACUUAUAUGGCCUAUAGCGCACGACAGGACCGAUCGCGUCUCCGGCUCAACGUGCAGAGACAGCUGACUCUCUAUCGAAGAAGUUUGAUGGGGCAUCUUAGAGAGCACACACCUUCAUGACAAACCGAGGAUACUAUCAGGGGAAACUUAUCUAAAUGCCCGGUGUUGCUUAAGUUUAAUCCCUCAAGGGGACGACGAGGUCUUCCUAAGAAAGAAACCGAUUCAAUUUAUCUUUAUUAAUUAUUAAUCAAUUAAUUUGA